GGCCAGCGGGCAUGAGGGCCAGGCGGGGCAGUGGUGGCGGCUGUGGUUGAGAGGCGGUGAGGAAGAGCGCGGCAAGGCCUCCAGUGGUGACCCCGCAAGGCCUCCAGUGGUGACCCCGCGCCGCCUCAGCUUGACCAAGAGCGAGACGCAGCCGGAACCGAGGCAGGACGGGGCGUGGUGGUGCGCACUCAGUUCUCUGAAUCCAUCUUUGGCGUAUCUGUGGACUCACUGAUGCCGGGGAAGCGUCGGCGUCUCCUGAACCUCACCGUCACGCCACACACUGGAAAACACUGGCAGGUGAGCCUACAUGUGCCAAUUAUCUCUACAGCCCUCGAGUGGGAGACGAAGCUCUGGAAAAAUCAGGGCAAGCAACAUUGGGAAGUUAAUGGGGAAGUCAAGUCUACCAAAUCUGACAUAUCGUUAGAAUUCGUUCACUUCAAGCAGGAGAAGCAGGACGAGGAGACUCAGGUCACGGAUGACAGAGGUGAGGCUGGCAGGUGUGAUGCUGAAGGUUGUGGGGACGGCAAUGUCAAGGAGCCAAAAGCCAAGUCGCGGCACCACGUCGACAGUGAUUGCGACUCAGAUUUAAGAAAAGAACAGACAGUAGACCAGAAUGAAGUUUGUAGUGGUCGAGAUCCUAAAUCAGAAGACUUAAAGCAAAAUGAUCCUGAUUCCAUAAUGGUAAAUGUAGACGAAGAAUGUUCCAGGAAAGCGGAGUGUGAUGGACCGGAAGAGUCAGUGUCAAGUGAAGCUGUUCAAGAGACUACACAAAAAUUAACUUCCCGGGUUUUCAGCCUUUCUUCCAACAUGAAGACUUACGUCUCAUCUGACGGAGGACGCUGGAUUCGGAUCCUGCAGCGCACACACCUGGCAUUCUGUCCUCACGUUGGCUGGAACUUGAACCAAAUAUUUCGGUUCAAUCGUGACUGGACUGGGUGGGAGUACGUGGUGAACACCUGGGAGUGGGGCAACAUGGUGGUGAAGGCGGAGUGGGGCGUCUCUCUCCUGCAGUGGUACCAGAAAACUUUCAGCUUCUCUUUCGACCAGGCGGCGGCGCUCCCCUCCACGCAGCUGGUCCUGGAUUUCCGUGACUGGUGGAGCUACAAGGUGUGGCUGAAGUGGCCGGUCCUCGCGUCCUCCCUCGCCGCUUCCCUCACGCUUGGUCGCGACAGUCACACACUGCUGGGUGAGUCAGACCGUGUGGGGGUGACGUGGGAAGUGAAGAAAGUGGACGAGUUUCUGGGUGAGGACGCCGGAAAGGUGGUGGCGCGGGUGGUAGCGCGACACACCCCUGCUGGCUUGGUGGUGACCUUCCACGCCGACACCGCCAGCAUGCAGGAGCUCCACGAUACCGUCACUGCCGUCCUUGCUCAGGCCAUGGAGAGCCCUGACCUGUGUGGCGAGGUGCCUGACCACGCCACGCUUCUGAAGUUCCUGCACGACUUCCUUGGACAGUCACCGGCGAGUCUCUGGGCGGAUCUGCUGCAGGAAGUCCGUCGCCUGCUGCUGGGGUCUGGCACCGAGGCAGACUUACAUCACCUGCUGGAAGUUUUCAGGGAGGAAAUGGGGACAGCAGAAGGCGUAGGAUUGUGGGAGGCAGUAUGGACGGUGCUGGAGCGGGCGGGGCUGCUGCGUUCCCGCGGCGAGGAGGUGGAGGUGGUGGUGCCCUCCGAGUGGAUUAGGCUGGCGCAGGGGUGGUUCACUUGGGCUGUCAUGGGAGGCGGCCGGCAGUGCGAAGGCAACACACUGAUGGUUAACCUGGUGGAUGCGCUGGCGGAGACCCUGAGGCGAAGUGGCAGCGGGCAAGCAACCUUUUGACCCACCAGUCAGACAAACUUUUAUGUUCGUUCUGAAGGCAAAUCAAAAGCAGGAAUUUGUUACCAAAACCAUAAAUAAAUGACGUCAUCGUACAUCUGGCAUCCAUUCGUGUAGCUGCUAUACAACACUAUAUUGUUUAUUUUUUUUUUUUUUUACUUUGUGUUGAUUAAUUGCUUGCUUAUUCUUAGAAAAUAUGUAGGCGAUAAUAUCAACAUAAAUUAUAUACAUGUAUUCAUUUCAUUGGGACUAUUCACUCCUGUUGCUACAUUCUCAUGUUCGUUUGUAUUGAAAAAUGUUCCCUUAAUUAUCAAUACACCCAACCAUCAAUAAUUAUUAUAGUAAUAUCAAAAUAAAAUGUUCAUUGUUAAAUACUGGAUCAAAAUAAAGCCAAUCAGGGACCUCGA